UAAAGCUCUUAGAACCGAGAAUCUGUGUGCUGACCCGUCGUGGCCAGUUCGCUUCUGUCACUGUCCAAAGCAUCUCUCUGCUCUCCUUCGGCGGAUUCAUUCUACUGAACGAGAGCCGUUGUAGUGCGGCUGAAAAGGCGGGACUGAGUCAUCAUGAUCCGAGUUGUGCUGACGUUCUGUCUCUUGGCAGAGGCACUUGCCAUCUGCCCCAUGAGACCUUCUGCACAAUAUACCACGACACAACGCUAUCCGGGUGAUGGUGGUUAUCAAAUCGCCAUAAGUGGAUCUUCCGAUAAGUACAUACCAAACGCUGUGUACACGCUCAGUCUUCAGGGAUCACGGACACAUGCAAGGUUCCAGCAAUUUACGAGAUUCACCCUCUCUGUCGAGUCUCUAUAUUUACCCGACAGUCCAAUCUCACGCGUCGGGUUCUUCCAACUAUUUCCCGAUUCCUUGACAACGUUUAAUGAGGAUUGUGUGAACACCAUCUCUGAAGCAACAGACUACCCCAAAUCCGAGGUCCAAGUGAUGUGGAAAGCUCCAGCUGCGGGUUCAGGUUGCGUUGUUUUCAACGCCAUGGUAUUCGAAGGCGUCGAUCGUUGGUAUGCCGAAGAUGGCAAUUUGACAAGAACUUUCUGUGAACUUACCGAAGAGGAAUCCGCAAAUGUACUGAAAGAGAAACGCUGCUGUGCAUGCGACGAAGCCAAGUACUCUAUCAUAUUUGAAGGAAUUUGGUCGAAUCUUACUCACCCUAAAGACUUCCCAUUCUCAACAUGGUUGACACACUUCAGCGACUUAAUUGGUGCAUCACACGAGCCCGGAUUCUCGUUUUGGGGUCGCGACCAUACCGCGACUGAUGGGUUCCGGCAAUUGGCCGAGUGGGGGAGUGUUUCCGGUGUUGAGGCUGAGCUCAGAACCAAGACUAAACAUUUGAGAACAUUGGUCAAGGCUGCAGGACUCUGGUACCCUAGAGUGAACACAAAUACCACUACCAGCUUCAGGGUUGAUCGUAAACAUCAUAUGCUCUCUGCGGCCUCGAUGUUGGGUCCAUCUCCUGACUGGGUCGUUGGAGUCAGUAAAUUGAACCUUUGCCAAGAAGACUGUACGUGGGUUAAGAGUAUGAUCAUCGAUCUUUACCCAUGGGAUGCCGGUACCGACAAUGGAAUCUCGUACAUGUCACCCAACUCCGAAACCAAACCACGAGAGAAAAUGAAGCCUAUAACCACCUCAUAUCCAGAGGAUCCACGUUCACCGUUUUACGAUCCCUCCGGUAAACCGAUGCUGCCGUUGGCAAGGUUUUACAUAAAUAGAGAGAAGAUAUUUAAAAAAAGCUGUGAUGAAGAGGUCCUUAAGGAGCAAAUUGCUGAACUCGAAGUCGCUGAGAACACGGAGGACACAUCCAGACCCGAAUGUGUUACAUCGGAAUGGACCCCCUUUUCACCCUGUUCGGUAAGUUGUGGAAAGGGCCUCCGAAUGCGCACCAGAGAAUAUCUAAUGCCAGAGAAAGCCACGAUGCUGAAUUGCAACCGUCAACUGGUAUCAAAAGAAAUGUGCGUCGCCGCUAUCCCUGAAUGCCCUGGUCAGGAAGAAGAAGAACCCGAAGCACCAAUAGUUGGAACUGAAGAAAUUUGCCAAACUACAAACUGGUCUGGCUGGUCUGAGUGCUCAAGCACGUGUGGCGUAGGAUUCAAAAUGCGUACCAGGAAAUUUCAUAAUCGUAUGGGUCGGAAGAAAUGUCCACACGUUCAGAUAGUUGAGAAGGAAAAGUGCAUGGAGCCGGCGUGUGAACCUGGAACUGAGGAAAUUCUCGAUCCAGUUUGCAAAGUAUCUGGAUGGUCUGACUGGUCACCUUGCAGCGCUUCUUGUGGCAAGGGAGUCAAGCUAAGGAUGAGAUUGUUGAUGGUAGAUCCAUCCUUGCAGGAACAGUGUUCUUCUCGCGUCGAGAUGCUUCAACAAAGACCUUGCGAAGGCCAAUCAGACUGCACAUUUGAUAUGGCAACGGCAAAGGUUGUUUGCAUGGAAGAGGCUGAUCCAGGUCCUUGUCGAGGAUACUUCCAACGUUGGGCAUUCCAACCAAAUAAAUUGAUGUGCGUUCCGUUUGGAUACGGUGGAUGUCGCGGAAACCGCAAUAACUUCCUCACCAAUGAAGAGUGUACACAAACUUGUGGCAUCGUAAGAGCAGCGCUCACUGGGGAACCAAUUCCAAUUCCAAAUCCCAAUUUGAAUUCGAGGACGGCGAUAUCUCCAGACUCACCUCAAAAUCUUCCUCCAAUCGAUUGCAUGGUUACUCCGUGGUCUCCAUGGACGCCUUGCAGUGUGACUUGUGGAACGGGUCGAGUUACCAGUACCAGAAUGAUAAAACGUCGUCCUGAGAAUGGUGGACGAGCUUGUCCAAGGAAAUUGCACCGUCGGUCUCGGUGCCAACUUGCUCCUUGCGAAUGAUGACUGUCAACCAAAAUUACUUAAACUAAGGAACAACAAUAUGGGCAUUAACGCAGUUAACCUCAGCCUUGAUAUUAAUAGUAUAUUAUAUAUAAUAAUAAUAUAUCCAAUAAGAUGAAUAAAAUUU